AUGGAAACAUCAAGUAACCUUAUAUGUCAUGGUCAUCCUUUGACACCUUCACCCGGGUUUGCUUUGAGGUGUUAUUGGUGCAAAGCUGGUGGUUACAUCAGUAACGGAUACCGUUGCACCGAAUGUGAUCGUUGGUUCCACAAAGAUUGUGUUAAUUCUAAAUUUCCAAAGAUAUUUUAUCACACUUCUCAUCCUCAACAUCUUCUCAUGCAUACCGACAUAGUUAAAUACUCUACGGUUUCUUGUCACGUGUGUCGACUACCCAUCUACGAUGAUUGGACUUAUCAUUGUUUCAUGUGUAAAACAUUCAGCUCACACUUGCCUUGUGCGAUAGAGGCACCAAGACUUACUAUUGAACAUCCUCAACGCCAUAAACAUCCACUUGUGUUCUUCCCAAUAUCAGGAAACCCGACAAAUCUUUGUGAAGUAUGUAAAGAAAACAUUGUUGUCGAAUCAGCUUAUCGAUGUUUUAAGUGCAAAGUCGUCCUCCAUGUAGAAUGUGAGAAUUUACCAGAGGUAAACCAUCCCUGUCACCCUAAACACUCUCUCAAGAUUUAUAUCUCUGGAACACUUGAUUACAUUGAUAAUUCAUGUCUUCUAUGUGGUUUCAAAUUUGAAAGUGUGCUUUAUCAUUGUUCCAUAUGUAACUUCAGUGUGUGCUUGGGUUGUACAAGCAUCCCACCUCCUGUCAAUGUUGAACGUAUAAAAACUCAUGAGCAUAAACUCACACUUAUGGCGAGACAAAUCUCAUUUACUUGCAAUGCUUGUGGGAUGCAAGGUGACCGUAGCCCAUAUUUUUGUUUCCAUUGCGGUUUUAUGGUCCACCGAAGUUGCAUUGGCUUACCCCGUGUUAUAAGUAUUAAUCGUCAUGAUCAUCGCAUCUAUCAUACUGAAAAUCAAAAAUUUAGUUUUGAAGAUUCGGUAUGCAAGGUUUGUCUCCAAAGUAUUAACCGGUUCUACGGGGCAUAUUCUUGCUUAGUGUGCAUUAACUAUGUUGUUCAUUCAAAAUGUGCAACAAGAAACGAUAUAUGGGAUGGGAUAGAACUUGAAGGGGUUCCAGAAGAAACCGAAGAUAUAAUGUCGUUCAAGGAGGUGGGUGAUAACAUGAUAAAUCAUUUUAGUCAUCGACGACAUAAUUUAAAAUUAAGUAAAGAUCUUACUACUCUUGGCGGAAUUGUGAGCAUACGUUGUGAAGCAUGUAUGCGCAAAACUUCCUCGGAAAAACAUCAUAUGUCUCACGACAAGCCAUUUACCUUACAUGUUCGAGACGUGGACUUACACAAGAUUAAGAUUUGCAAUGUUUGUGGAGAAAUGUUCAAUGGUUUCAGAAAUGUUGAGUUCGUUACCGACUGUUCAGAUUUGGUGAAGAUGGUGUCUUCUCCUACCGAUUGGCCGGCUUUCUCUGUCUACCUCGAUGAUAUCACUACUGAUAGGGAAGAAUUUUCGUCAUUCUCUUUAUCGCUAGUACCUCGAAAUUUGAAUGUAAAAGCGGAUUAUUUGGCUCGACAAGCUCGAUCCACUCCGCAAUUAGUCAAGUAUGUAAACAAUUGUCCGUCACAUUGGCUCGUUUGA